UGUCGCUUUUUUGUUAACAACACCGAUAACAACAAAAAAGGCCGAAUCUCAAGAUUGACUUUAUUAGCUCGCUUCAGUCACUCACUCUACUAUCAAUACUUCCUUAAUCUGUUAAUUGAAUAAAAACAAAUAAACCAUCUCAAAAAAAAAAAAAGCCUACAAACACAAAUAGGCGACAGCAAUUUCAACAUCAACAAAAUAAGUCAUUACUUUAAACAAUAUAACAAUCAGAAUAACAUAAUCAAUAUAAGAAAAAGACACUAUGCCAUCGUCAUCAGCCGCCGCCGCUAAUCCCGGCAAUUCACACAAUGUAGUAGGCGUACAUUAUAAAGUAGGAAAAAAGAUUGGAGAAGGAAGUUUUGGCAUCAUUUAUGAGGGUGUCAAUCUGUUGAAUAAUCAACCUGUUGCUAUCAAGUUUGAGCCUAGAAAGAGCGAUGCACCACAGUUACGAGAUGAAUAUAGGACCUAUAAAAUUAUGGCAGGAUCAAUUGGCAUUCCCUCAGCUUAUUAUUUUGGUCAAGAAGGCUUGCAUAAUAUCCUUGUCAUCGAUUUAUUAGGUCCUAGUCUAGAAGAUAUGUUUGAUACUUGUGGUCGACAAUUUAGUGUCAAGACAACUGCCAUGUUGGCCAAGCAGAUGCUUUCAAGAGUACAAACAAUACAUGAAAAGAACCUUAUUUAUAGAGACAUUAAACCUGAUAACUUCCUCAUUGGUAAGCCCGGUACAGAAAAUGAGAAUCAAAUCUUUAUUGUGGAUUUCGGUAUGGCGAAAUUGUAUAGAGAUCCAAAGACGAAACAGCACAUUCCUUAUCGUGAGAGAAAGAGUUUGUCUGGUACAGCACGUUAUAUGAGUAUCAAUACACAUUUGGGUCGAGAGCAAUCUAGAAGAGACGAUUUGGAAUCGCUGGGUCAUGUCUUUAUGUACUUUCUGAGAGGUUCAUUACCUUGGCAAGGUUUGAAAGCAGCUACAAAUAAACAAAAGUAUGAAAAGAUUGGUGAAAAGAAACAAACAACCCCUAUCAAAGAUUUAUGCGAAGGGUUCCCAGAGGAAUUUGGAAUCUAUCUUCAAUAUGUUAGAAAGCUUGGGUUUGAGGAAACACCAGACUAUGAUUUCUUAAGGGGCUUAUUUUCAAAGGCAAUAGAGAAGGCUGGUGAAGAAGAUGAUGGAGUGUACGAUUGGAUGCUGUUGAACACUGGUAAAGGUGGCUGGCAACAACUGACAAAACGUAGUAAUAACAUGAACCAAAACUUAAAAAAUCAGCAAAACCAGCAUCGUCACACAGCCACAAAUAAGAAAAUUAUAGACACUUCAGAUGCGCAUCAGCAACAGCAGCAAACGGAUAUCACUAAUGAUAUGAAUACAAACAAUAAUAGACAACAGCAACAGCAGCUGCAACAACAACGAAAAAAGAAAUCAGGUGGAUUCUGGAGUAAAGUUACUUGCGGCCUAUGCCAUUAAAAUGACUAUAUUUUUGCCAAGAGAAAGAUGACACUACAAAAAACGACAUACCUUUACGAAGAAAAAUAUUUAAAUGCACAACUUACUAUCCUAUUUUUUUGAUGUUUUUAACAUGGAGUAUCUCUAUUUAUUUGCCUUUAAAAAUAAUAUAAUUUAAAAUAAAAAUGAGAAAGAGACAAUCAAUAUCGUUAUUAUUUUUCGUCCUCAAUUGUCACUUCUUCUACUUUUGCCAAACUAUUCCUUUUGGUUUUCUCAGGAUGGCUGUGCAUACGAUCGCUAUUUGUAGUAGGAAGCCUUCCUCUUGUAUCUAAAGAUUCUA